CACACCAUUGUGCAGCCAGUGAUUUUAGUUGUACCAACAGAAAAUAUUGCAUCUACCGUGGAAGCUAUCAAGAGAGCGUUUCGUUCCACUACAGAAGCGGCAGUGCAAGUUCACCCCUUCGACUUUGCACCAGCGAUUGAAAAGGCUACUGUAGCUGUGGGAAUGGAUCAACCAUCAUGCUUUGAUUUUUGUGGUCAAGCCAACUCCAUCAAUGCACCGUUCUUCUAUCAGACAGGUACAACCAACACUGGUACCGCAAACGCUUCGUCCAGCACGGAACAACCCAUGUUAGAUUUUGCGCAAAGUUCUACAUUCUGCUAUGAUGCGCAGCAAACACCGGAACAGGAGAUACGUUAUGUGUACAGCAAUGAACUCGUCCCAGUGGUGCAAGAGAUACGUUAUGUGUACAGCAAUGAACUCGUCCCAGUGGUGCAAGUACGUAAUCGCACAACGAGCACUAGUGGACAGUAUCUAGAAGAGGUUUAUAGCGAAAAUUCACAAGUAGUUGCACCAUCACCACCACUAGCCAGGACAUUUGGUACAAUGGUGGAUGAGAAAGUGUUCCAAAGUGCACAUUUCACACCCGAUCCAGUAUCACCUUAA